GAGUUUGAAUCGAUCGCAAUGAGUUUAGCUGGUAAAGUUGUUAUUGUAACCGGAGCAAGUUCCGGCAUUGGUGCCGCCGCAGCUAAGGCCUUUGCCCAGCAGGGUGCCAAAGUGGUGCUCACAGGACGAAAUGAAGCAAAGUAUACUGAGGCUGCGUGUAAAGCAGUCAACAGCAAAGCGGAAUUACUACUCAUCAUCGGCGAUGUAACGACGGACGCUGAGAAGAUUAUCAAAACAACAAUUGACAAGUUCGGCCAGUUGGAUGUGUUGGUGAAUAAUGCCGGUUUUGGUGAAAGGGGUUCAAUCCUGGAUAUUGACGUUGAUCAAUUUGAUCGUGUCAUGAAUACAAAUGUGCGAGCCGUCUUCCUGCUCACUAAAUACGCCGCACCACAUCUUGUGAAGACACAAGGCAAUAUCGUGAAUGUCUCUAGUGUGGCCGGAUUGCGUUCGUACGCUGGUUUUUCGGUAUAUUGCACCUCCAAAGCGGCACUAGAUCAAUUCACCAGAUGUAUCGCCUUGGAUUUGGCGCCGAAAAAUGUGCGUGUGAAUGCCGUAAAUCCCGGUGUGAUAGUAACAGAAUUUCAUAAGCGUCUUGGCUUGUCGGAUGAGGAAGAAACUAAAUUUUUGAAGCAUUCGAAGUCUACACACGCAUUGGGUCGCGCCGGCGAACCCAAUGAAGUGGCCGACGUCAUUAUUUUCCUUGCUAGUGACAGUUCGAGCUUUAUAACGGGCGCAACUCUGCCGAUCGAUGGAGGCAGAAACAUCAUGUGUCCGCGUUAAUAUUUCUUAGAAUAGAUAGAAAAUUUGCAAGGUCGAGGAAGUCUUUUCGUAUUUCUAAUCAAACUUCAACUUAUUUUUUUUUUUAU